AUGGCUGAAUGCGCCAAGAAGGUCGGGAUCGUCGGGAAUGGCGCCUCCCUCCAGAAAAUGGUGGAGAAAAUUGAAAUCGGCCAGCCCACCAAGUACACUUACUCCUUCUGUGGCAAGAUGAAGAUGAAGAGACUAGCCGUUGGCUUCUGGCAGUGUGGUUCCUGCAUGAAAACAGUGGCCGGCGGGGCCUGGACCGACAAUACCACCUCUGCUAUCAGAAGACUGGAAGAACUGAAAGACCAGUAG